AUGAAGCUCUCCAUCAACUUCAUCUGCCUCAUGGCGGCUACCUUCUUCGCCGGCCAGGUCUCCGCUCAAUGCAAACCCCGUGGAUUCUGCUGUGGUGGAGAUCCCGCAGAAGUCUGCGGUUCCUGCUGCAGCGGUCUAUUCUGCAGUGGAGGCUCCUGCAUUUCUUAA